AUGCGCUUUUCUAGAGUCUUUGGAGCGCUGGUGCUGUCGGGAAGUGCUGUGUUGGCAGCAACUUUGACUCAAGUUAGCAAUUAUGGUGGAAGUGCAACUUCAAAAGCUCAGAUGUGGAUCUACGUCCCCGACAACGUAAAGGCAAACCCAGCACUUGUUGUAGUGAUCCACUCCUGCCAAUCCUCAGCCCAAUCAUACUUCAGAAACUCCUUGAUUCCGUGGGCACAAGGCUCCGACAAAGGGGGGUACAUCACCCUCUGGCCAAGCAGCCCUAAUAGCGGAGGCUGCUGGGAUGUAUCUUCCAAAUCAUCUCUCAGCCGCAAUGGAGGCGGAGACUCAAACGCCAUUGCGAAUAUGGUUACAUACGCCAUUCCCAAGUACAGCGUCAAUCCUUCGCGGGUUUAUGUGACUGGAGGUUCUUCCGGAGCAAUGACGAGCAACGUCCUCGCCGCCAGCUACCCUGAAAUGUUCGUCGCCGCAUCCCUCUACUCGGGGGUCCCAGCAGGAUGCUUCGUUGGAGAGGGAGUCGAUCAAUGGAACAGUACCUGCACGCACGGUCAGUCCAUCGACACUGCAGAGAAAUGGGGAGACACAGCACGCGCGAUGAACCCAGGCUACAGUGGCACUCGCCAAAAGAUGCAAGUCUGGCAUGGUUCUGUAGAUACUACAAUCAGCCCGAACAAUUAUAUGGAGGAGAUUAAGCAGUGGACGAAUGUGUUUGGUGUGAGUACGACUGCUACGGCUGAAAAGGCAGAUCAUCCGGAGAAGAAUUAUAAGAUGAGUGAUUAUGGGCCGAAUGUGGAAGGGAUCUAUGCGACGGGAGUUGGGCACUCGGUUCCUGCACACUUGGCGGCGAGUGAGGCGUGGUUUGGACUUCCGUAA